CAUUUUAACUUGAAUUAUGCUUCUCUUUUGGGUUUCUUGCAAUUUAAUUACAAUUUUUUCAUCGUAUUUCGUUAAAGGUAAGAAAAUUUCAUAUAUACUUUAUUCAAAUUUAAUACUAUUUCCCAUUUAUAUAUUAAAAUCUUUAAUAAACUUAACAAUUCAAUUACAAAAGUUACUUUUAACCAAAAAAAUUGAAUUGCUUUCUCUAUUCAAACGAAAAUUUGAGAGAAAAUCAGAAUAUUAAUCUAAUAAAUUUACAUUCAUUUAUCUUCUUUAAAUGAAAUUUCUUUUUUAUUUUUUUUUUAAAAAAACAAAAAAGUAAAAAAAAUUUUGAUAAUACUUUCCAAGAUGAAUCUGUUUUUAAAUAUUUAUUUAAUGUUGAGUAAUGUUCAUUUCUUUAUAUAUAUAUAUGUGUGUGUGUGUGUAUAUACUGUUUAUAUGCAGUAUAUAUAAAUUUUAUUAUAAAGUUAUCAAAGGAGAAACGCGUGGAAAACUAUUGAUUUUGUAGUUUUGAUAUUUUCUGCUUUAGAAACAGUUUAAUAUUAAAAGAGAGUAUUUCACAACAACUAAUUAAUAAAAAGUGAUCAAAAUUUUCGAUUCUUUAUAUACUUUUUAUUGCAGUCAGUCAUUUUUUGUUCUUUUACUUAAAAUAUUUAUGAUUUGCCGUGAAUAUAAUAUUAGAUUUUGAACAAAAAAUUUGUCCUUUUCAAUAUUGUUUAUUAUUAAAUAUUCUUAAGUUAAUUAUUAAUUAUUUUCAUUAUUGAAAAUUGAAUUUUAACAAUCGACUUAUAGGUUCAAGUAAGAUUAUAUAUAAAUUUAGAUUAUGUAGAUUGCUAUAGUUCAUAAUAUUUAUCAAUUGUAAAAGAAAAGAUAUAUGGAAAUUAAUGGUUAAGGGGGAAAUAUCCAUCAAUAGUUUUUUUCUCUUAUGAAUAAUUCAUUAAAGACGUCAAAUAUUUCUACAUUUGUUGUUAGAUUUAAAGGGGAUGAUAUCUAUCAGGAUAUACCGAAUCUAGCUACAUUCACUAUUGCUAUUAAAUAUGCUCCUGUUUUAAAUAUUAGUGAAACAGAUAGCAAUUUUAAUUUGAAAAUUGAACUAUCCGAUUCUAGUUCUCUUUCAAGUAAUACUUUGGCUUUAAACGCGCCUUUUAUUCAAUUUAAUAAGGCGUCGUUAGAAAAAUUUCACGCAAGUUUACAACCUCUAUCGUCAAUUAUUCUUGAAGGUGAAACUAACUUUAUAGUUCCUGUCGCAAAAUGCAGCUCCUUCAGCUACUUUUGCGCUAAAAUAAAUGAUCAAGACGAGAAUUGCAUUGAUAUAAAUUCCUAUAAGAAAUGCUCAAACAACUACGUUCUAUCGAAUAUUCAUAAGUUUGGCGUUCCUUCCGGUUAUAUUCAAACCGGAGCGUACAACUUUUUAGAACUUUCAAUCGAUCUAAAACUUGGCGGGGGAGUUGGAAAUGCGCAAGGUCCCUACGUCAAUUUAUUUUUAUCAGAGAACGAAAUAAUUGAAGAAGAACUCGAUGUAAUUUUAACUAAGGAACCAAUCAGUUUUGAAAAAUUGAAACAGACCUAUUCGAGUUCAACGAUAAUAGAUCUAUCCGGACCAGAUUAUUUCAUACCAAACGUAGCUCUGCUCAAACCACAGUUGUGCGGAGUAUCUUAUCUAAUAAUUAAAUCUGAACGACGAGAAAAGGAGUUAAUUGAUGUAAAGGCGAUAAAAGUUAUUACUUUAUGUCCUCAGGACGAAAUUAAAUUGAAUAAGGCUGAAUUCUACGAAAUCUCUUCUCCAACCAUUUCCUUAAAACGUCAAACUAAUUACGAUCUUAAAAUGGAUAUAGAAUUUGUUCAUAUUAAUACUGAGAACAAGCUCAGAGGUCAACAGCAUUGGAAAAUUAAGCUUCUCCUGCAAAAUUCCAAGAGUUUACACGAGGAAACUAGUGUAGAUUUAACGGAAAAUCCAAGUUCUAUUGAAUUUUUAACAUCUAUUGAUCCAUUAGAAGAUUUUCCUGGCUUGGAAAAGUAUCGUUUUAAAGUUAAAUUUACCGUUAAUAUUCAGUUGGCCUAUAAUUAUUUAUUGGUUCUAUUAAGAUCUUCGGAUUCAGAAACUGUUAUGCAUAAUAAUUAUAAAGUUUGGGAUUUAAAAACUUUAACUGACGAUACAGAUGUCGCUUUGCAGGCCUUUUCUAUAACAAAUAAUCGAAUAAAUGUUGACAGUCCGCUCCCCCUGUCGGCUACAAGUCUAACUUCGACAAAUGUAGAUGCAAAUACAAUUGGAGUAAGCCUAUAUUGGUCAAUUGAUGAUAAACUCGAUGAAACAGAUUAUUUAGUUCCCUUGACAUUUUCAGUAUCAGUUUCAGGGUCCAUAACAACAACAGGCAACGUUCCAAGUCCCCUUCAUCAACUUUAUUGUGGUAAAAUUUAUUCGAUUCUCAAAGUUGAUAGCAAUAAUAAAAUUGCUGAAAUAGAUGAGACUAACAACGUUAAAUCAAUUUUAGUAACUUUACUUUGUGGUUCUGGGGAUGAUUUAGCUCUACAACAAUUUAAUGUCCUCUCACCGUCCAUUUUGGUUAAUGAUAGAAGCUCUACUAUUCAUUUUAAAGCUAUUGUUUCUUGUACGAGCGUUGACUGUAGCUCUAAAACUGAAUCGAACAACAAUUUUAACGUUAAUCUCUUUCUAAGCUCUAAUGAUAAAUUUAGAUCAAGUACAACUGACCUUUUAACUAUAACCAGUCUUAAAUCCGUUACCGGAAAAGGAAUAAAAACUGGCUUAACAAACGGACCAGUAACUGUAGAUUUGUCUGCACAAGUAACUAUAGAUCCAUCUCUUUGCACAAAAGAACGCUACUACCUUAUGAUGAAAUUGACACCCGACGAUUCGUACCUUUCCAACAAUUAUAUGGUUAUUCCAGUAACACUUAAGUGCUACAACAGCGAUUCCAUUGAUUUUAAUAUUAAUUCUUUUACCGUUAAAUCUACAACGCUAAACGAAUUCAACUAUUUCACAAUUGAUUAUACCAUUCAAACAUUUGGAGAUUUUGAAGUAACCCAAACGAAUAAUCCACAAUACGGAUUGAAUCUAUAUCUAUCAGAAGAUACAUUGUACGACGACGAAGAUAUUCAAUUAAUUACUAAUUUUCAUGUUUGUAAUCGUAAGAAAUUAGCGGAAGCCGUGUCGAGCGGUUCAACAAAAACAAUUAAUAUAUUUGACUAUUUUAAAUUUCCAAAAGAAUCAAAGAUAAGAAAAUUUUGCGGUAAAACCUAUUAUAUUAUAGCGUUGAUAGACAGUUAUCAUACUUUUAUGGAAACUAACGAAUUGAAUAAUGUACUAAGUUCAACUUCACUAACGGAAAUAAAGAAUUUGAAUUGUGCUAGCGCAAGUUUUUCAAAAUCUAUUUCUAUUAAAUUCCUUGAUAAAAAGACAUUUCAAUCUUCUCAACUAUUUCCGCUAUCCUCUUAUAAUUGGAUAACUGAUAUUGAAGUUACAAAUCAUUAUAACCAACCAUACAAUCCUACAAGUGAAACAAAACUACAAUUAAAAUUAUUCUCAAUUCAUUCUCGUAUCUCUAUUGAUAUUAAAAAUUCUGAUAUAUUUAAGAAUGGCCUAAAUGCUGGAGAAACGAAAAAGAUAAAUGUAAGAUUAGCAAUACCGAAUAACCGCUUGACAAAAGUAAUUUGCGAUGAAAUAGUACCAAAUGAAGAUACUAAAGUUGAAAUUGAAAUGAAAUUAAUUGAUCUAAAAGAUUCAUUUAUAUUGAAAUCUGUAGAUAAAGUUGAAAUGGAUAUGAAAUGCGAAUUUGGACUAAAACCUACUUUAAAUUCUGUAUUUUAUGAGAAGAAAUUGCAACAAUACUUUAAUUAUACAUUUCUUAUAAAUUUCCAAAUAAAGCAUACGGAAAUAAAAGAAUUACAAAAAGUAAUGACAUCAACUGAAAAGAAUUGGUUUAUUGAUAUAGAAUUAUUCAAUUCAGAGUCUAGUUAUCCUUUAGAGACUUUGUUUUUGAAUGAAUAUAAAAAUGCUCAAUUUACGGUUUUGAAUAACAAACAAAUUCUACUUGUUUCGGUAUCGAGCUAUACUGGAAAAUUAAAACGUGAUACUUGUUUGAAAUUUAUUGGAAAAAUUAAUAAAUUACGUAUGACGCUCCGUCCAGCAAAAUUCCUUUUAAUGCUUGGCUAUAAAACUUAUUCCAUUGAAUAUUCAUUAGCAUUAAAUUUCCAAUGUAACGAUGAAUACCUUGACCUUAAAUUGGAAAAAUUUAAUUUUCUAACCAAUUAUGAUUACGUUACGAAUAUCUUAGACUUGGAUACAACACAAAAAUUCACUAUGACUGUUUCUGCAACAAAAACGAAUAAUGGAACUUUUUCACCCUUUCUUCAUAAUGUUACCAAUAAUUUCUACUAUAAACUCUUUAUUAGUCCAAAGAAGAGUUUCAAAGAAACUCGCAAAUUAGCUUAUGAAAUUCCCUAUUCUCCAUCUAAUAAAGAGUUAAAGAAUGAUGUAACAAAUAACUCGGCAGAAAUUACAACAAUUGAUUUGAUGGUUAAUUCUAGUGAUGUGAGGACGUAUUGCGGUUUAAAUUCUAUUAUUGUUGCUGUUUUUGACGAAAAGAAUAAACCAAUAACUCCAUCUAGUAGUAAAAUAAUCGAGAAUUUAUUAUCGGAAAACUCUCCUCAAGAUCCGUAUAUAAGUAAUAAUUAUUUGGUAAAAGAUGUAGCAGUCUCUUGUAUUGGUGACAUAAUUAAGAUCAAUGCUGAUAAGAUAACAACUCAAGUUUAUUCUGGUUCAAAGAGGCAUUUGGAGUUUAUGAUUGAAGUUACCAAUAUUGAUUUCUUGGGUAGAGAUAUUCCUCAAAGUCUAGAUUACCCGUUUACAUUUGAAAUAGAAGGUGAAACUCCAGAAUCUAUUUUCAUAUCAAAUAAUGCUAAAUCAGGUCUGAAAUUUGGAGAUACUGCUAAAAUAACAGUUAAAGCAACAUUGGAUAUAGAUGAUGCUUUUUGUGCUCAAAUCAACAGUAAUAUUACUGUUAAAGUAUUGACUGGAUUGGGAGUUCCAGUCGGUUUCUCUGAUACAAGUACUGAUAACAAUAGAGCUUUAAUUACCGGAAUCACCUGUUCGAAAGAAGAAACUGGUAUCUCUGUUGUAAUUGAUUCAAACUCGAUUGCAUUAAAUCCAUCAAAUCAACUGGCAGGAAAUAUUGAAUUGACAAUUUCGGGUAUUGACGGAUCAACUUAUGAAGAUUUUGAUGUUUAUUUGGCUAAAGAUAAUAAAAUUGAUAAGGAAAAUGACAAAAAAUUAAAUUUUGUGGUUGGAAGUCAAGUAAAACAGGGAAAUGGAGAUAUAAAAGGACCUUUAGAAUUGUCUAUCAACAACGAUACUUGGAAUCAUUAUUGCGGUUAUAAAUAUAUAAUCGUUCAAAUAGAUCCUAAUAAUGCGAUAGACGACAAAAACAAAGUAGACAAUAUUGCAUCCUUUUCAAUCUUAAUACAAUGUAGUGAAAAUAACAAAUACGUGUUUAGGAUAAACAAUUUCAAUUUACCAAAAGAUCUAUUCUCAAACAUAAAUACAAUGUUAACCUUUGGAGGUGUUGUAAGAAAUAUCGGAAGUAAUAUAGCUGCUGUAUCGGGCAUGAAUACUAAUUUUAAAUUUAAAGUCUAUCUUCAAAAGUCUUCUCAUAUGAAGAAUGAAAAUCGACUAGAUAUUACUCCGGAUGAUUGGACUUAUAGCGGAAGUGAAAAAGACCUCCGAAAAGCUGCUCAUAAUUCAAAUACAGAUAAGACAUUUACAACUGUUAAAACAUAUGUGAAAAUUCCAAUUGAUAUAUGUUCUGUUGGGUAUGAUGCUAUAUUGGUUGGCGUAAAAGAUACAAUUGGAACUGAAUGCGAAGAAAUAGAUAACUUUUACACUUACUAUUUCAAUUGUAUGGGAAAUAAUGGAAUUGAUUUUGAAAUAACCAAAUUUGCGCUUGAUAAAACUCAAUUUAACUUAAAUGAUUUACAAACUUUUAAUCUUGAUUUAAAAGCUAAUCUUGGUAAAUCCGAUAUUGAUUGGAAUUGGUCAUUUCAACCAAUUUUAACGUUUGAAAAUUCAGAUGGAAAGAUAAACAUUCCUAUUUAUUUUGAUUUGAAUAAUCUAAAAUCCAUAUCAAUAUCUCUUACGAGUAAAUUUAAACUUACCACUUUAAAUCAUCUGCAAUUUUGCGGUACAGGAAAUAAAAUUAAAAUUACUAUUGUUACGCCCUUUACUGAUGCUGAUCCUUCAAAUAAUGUGAAAGAAAUAGAUGAUAUUGAGAUAACUGGAUGUCCUACUGGUCUAGAUUUGAUACCAAAAUUAAUUAUAAUUGACGAUAAACCUUACCAAAAUCAGUUUUUAUCAUCUGCCACUACUUCAAUCAAAAUUAUGUUUGAUAUCAUUAAAGCAAAGUCUGUUUCUAGUCCAGCAUCUUUUAAGUAUAACUUGUUUAUCACUGAUGAAAAAACAACUGAUAAGAGAAGAGUUCUAAUCGACCAAACAAAAACAUAUAGCUUUCCCGACCUCAACCAAGAAAUUAUUGAUAGUUUUACAAUCUCUACACCCGAUGCUUUUUGCGGAAAAGAUAAACUCUGGUUGGGAGUACGAAUAAACAGCGAUGAUGGCGUCACUGAAACUUCAACCAUGAACAAUAUAUUAUGGAAACGUGUUAAAAUGAUUUGUGACGCUCAAGCAGGUAUUGUUCUUACCGAUCUACGUAUAAAAGGGUCACUUUUUCCUACAAACAAUGAACUUUCCUUCGAUUUGGACGCUCUAAGUUUGGAAAAUUCAGACAAAGAUGUUGAAGUAACUUAUACUCUUACUUUGGCAAAUAACGUAAAUACAUCAGCCAUUAAUCCAGCUAUUAUAGACGCUAGUCCUUUGAUACCGAACAAUACUGAAAUUUUUCAGGCAAAUUUGAAUGGAACAUGGCCUAAAUCAUCUCUCAGAGUUAUUCGUAAUGCAAAAGUAAAAUUUACUUUUUGGAAUCCUGUUUGUGAAGGGAAAAGAUACAUUUGCUUAUCACUUAAAACUAAUUUGGCUGGAGAUACGGAUGAAGAUAAUAUGAAAUGUGUUGAUAUUUAUACAGAAUGGAAUAUUAGUACUCGAUGUGGUAUUAAUAUUGGUAUUCAAUCAGUUUCAAUUGAAAAAAAGAAAUUAUACGAAAGUGAAAAAGGACCAGUUGGCGUAAAUAUGACAUUUGAUGUAAAAGGAAUAGAUUUACCAGCACCCGAGCCUUAUCAGCCAGAUUCCGUUAGGUUCAUAGUAUCUAUUAGAGAUGAUUCAAGAAUUUUAAUUACAAGCGACGAAUUCACGUGGACAACCGCUUCUAAAUUAAAGUUACGCUCUCCCAUUGCGGACAAGCAGAGUGUUGAGUUAUCGGGACUAUUCGAAAUAUCUUUGACGCAAGAAAUAUGCUCAUCGUCAACGUAUUUAAUUUGUAUUCAGCAUAGUUUCUCUCCUGAUAAUAACGCCAAUAACGAUAUAUUUUGCCAAAAUGGAAAAACGACUGUUAGUUGCUUUAAUUCAAAUGUUGAUCUUGAAGCUCUUAAGGUGGAAACCUACGGAAGAUUACUUGUCGCUGAUAAACCCCAAGACAUAGGAAUGAUUAUGUUAAUUUCUGUUCCUGAAUCAUCCAACAUCAGUUCCAUAGUAACUAAAACAAAUUUGUAUUUAUCGGUUGACAAUAUUCUUGAUGGUAGCGAUACGCUAUUAAAUUUCAAUGGAUUUAACAAAGGAAAAGCUCUAGCUGAAUUACAAAAGUAUUAUGGCCCUGGAGAACACACUAUUAUCAUAAAGGGCUCUCAGAUAACCAUACCAUUCGAUACUGAUGUUAAAUACGCUGGAGAUGUUUAUAUCAUUGCAAAAAUUGACGCUGAUAACGAUAUUGCGGAAACUAAUGAAGGGAAUAAUAUUGCAGUUUCAAAAAUUAGCUUAUCCUUACCAAAUCAAGAUUAUCUAAGACUAACUUCAGCGUCUCUUCUGGACGGAACAUUGAUAGUCGGGGAAGUUUCCACUUUGAAGCUAUCUAUUGCUAUUGAAAAUGUAAACGAUGAAAUGCUUCUUGAAAGCAGCAAUCCAUACCGUUUAGAAGUGAUAGCUUUCAAUGAGACUGCAUUAUUUAACAAAGUUAUCUCUACAUUUGUACACUAUCCUCCUGUUAACGUCGAAAAAUUUCCACAUUUAUCGACGAGAGUUCUUAAUCCUGUUAUAGUAGAAAUUACUCCUGAUGAAUGGCAAGAAAAUAUAUGUACUUACACAACUCAGUUAAAAAUAAAACUAACAACAAUAGUAUCAAUUGACAAUCCUAAUAACAACGAACAAGUCAUAAGAAUACCAGAAUCGAUCAAAGUUUGCACACCAUCCAACUCUAAUGUAAAUUUACUGAUUGACAAACUAAUCAUUCCAAAUUAUUUAAAUAAGAAUGAUCAGAUAAAUGUUAAAUGGAACGGUCACGCAAGUCUAGCGUCGGCUGCUAAUCUAGCUAUCAAUUCGUUUAAAAAUACUUUGCAUAUUUCUCAAAUUAACUCUAUUAUGGAUCAAUCUACAUGGAAAUGGAUGGAAAUCUCUAAUCCUCAAGCUUUAUCCACAGGCUCAGUGCUAUUUGAUUUAGGUGGCGACUAUUCUUUAGAAAAACUACCGAGAAGUUUAUGCGGAAGAGUUUACGCGAUUGGUACUCUAGAUAGUGAUAAAACAGUUUCAGAGAUAAAUGAAGAUGAUAACCAAGAGGAUCAAGAAAUUAAUAUCAUUUGCGAAGACGAUAUUAUUUCUUUAUUCUCAGUUGAAUUAGAUUUGGAAAAUGCUAAACUUAUCGAAAGCUAUCGUACUCAAGUUAAUAUAGAGUUUUCGUUUGCAUGUAUGAAUACUGGAAAUUGUGUUAUUCCAAGUUUGAAACUUGACAUUUUCACACGUAAAUCAUUUGCUCAAUCAUCAUCCUAUUCUCUUUUAUCGAAUAAAGAGAUAGUGUCAAAUAUAAACAUGAAGUUUGGAGAAGAAAAAACGUUUGUUAUAUCCGAAUACUUUGAACUAUUGACUGGUGGUUGUGGAGGUAGUAGCGAAAAUGUUCUAACCGUACGACUAACAUUGCCGGGAAUGUUAGAUGCUGUAGCUGAGAAUAAUGAAAGACAUUUUAUGAUUGAAUGUCAAGAGGAGCUGGAAAACGAAGUAUUAAUUUCGGAUUUUAACGUUCUAAACAUAGAUUAUGAUAGGUCAGAAAUUAAAUAUUCAUUUAAAUUAUCAACAUCUGGCGAAAUAUUUCCAUUAUCUUUCAACUAUUCUGAACCAAUUUUUGUCAAUUUUCUACUUUCAAAAUUAGCAACAGCAACAGCGGGAUCCGUAUUAUUAAAAAAUGACAUCUGUUCCGAACUUCAAUUAGGUUUGAAGAAAGGAUCUUCUUUCGAAAUGAUGGGAACAGCAACUUUUCCUAGUAGCCUUGACAUGUGCGAUAAUAUCUAUGGUAUACUUGUAUUUGAUGCAUCAAAGAGAGUGUCUAGCUCUAUAAAUGCUAAAAAGAAGCUACUUACACCCGUGUUUAUCAAAUGUAAAGAAAAGGUUAUGUUUCAAAAGUUUUCACCCGACGAUUUACGUGUUUGGCAAAAUACUGAAAAGACUAUGACAUUUUCCGGUUCAAUUAUAAAUCUAUCUAAAGAAAAAUUGUUUAAUCUAAAAUUAGUGGCCUUUUUGUCAGCCGACUACAAGUGGAAUCCAAAUUAUGAUGUUCAAAUUGAAUCUAUCUCUUAUAAUAAAAAAGUUCUUGAACAGGGAAUCAACCCAAGAGGAAUUGUUAAAUUUGAUGAUUUACAGCUAAAAUUCACAAUUUCAAGUUCAUUUUGUUCUGCUAAUACUUAUUUACUUUUAAUUAUUCUACCCUUUAAAGUUAUUAAGCAUUUUCCUUUGGAUGCACAUUGUUAUCCGACACCAAUUGAUUUAUACUUUGGUUCUGGGUUCAAUAUCAAUGCGGGCGUGGGAAAAGCACCCGGAAGUAGUUUAAAUAUCAACUAUGAGAUAAAAUUGCAAACUGGACAAAGUAUAUAUUUCAAAAAUAUUAUCAUAAACCAUUGGAUAAGUAAAGAUGUAAAAUUUGAUGAACUGAUUGAUUAUCCUCUAACGAAUAGUCUACCAUACGAUAAACCUUUUGAUAAACUUCAGAUGCUCCAUUAUGGAAGUUCUCCACUGACAGAGACAUUUUCCUCUUCACUCACUCUUCCUUCUAAUAUAAAUAAGACCUUAUGCGGUAAUUCUUAUAUAGUAACAGUCCUGAAAAGUGGAAGAGAACUUACGGAGAGCAACUAUGAAAAUAACAUAAGAUUUGAUCCUAUUAAAAUCAAUUGUGGAAUUGAUUUAUUUGAAAUUCAAGAUAUAGAAUUAGAUAACACAAUGCAGUUUGCGAAUCAGCAGAAGACCAGAAAACUUAAUUUCAAAAUCAAUUGUAAUACUUCUCCUUGUCCGUUAUCGACGGCUUCCAGCUCAACUUUUGCUUUCCCAGUACAUUUCAAUAUAAAAUUGAUUCCCCUAGACAGUCAAUUAAAACCUGUAGGAAGUAUUCAACCAUCUUUAAUAGAUCCAUUUUAUAUUUCUGGUAAUGAAGAGAAUAUAUCACCGUCAACAGCUUUACAAUGGAAUUUUACAACAGCUAAUUCAUUGCCAAUGGAAGCUAACCUUAUGAUCACUAUUAAUGAUGUUAGAACAAAAUUCCUAGGAUUAAAACUUCUGAAAGGAAAUAGCGACGAAGUUAAAGGAGCAAAUUGGGGAAUUGAGGAGAAUGAUAUAUCUAUUAUUAAUUUUGAUGUAGAAGAGGAAGAUUCAUCUAUAAAGGUUGAAAGCUUAACAAUUUCACCACAAACUAUUAAUCUGAACAGUAAAACUACAAUGAUAGAUAUUUUUUAUCGAUUUACAAGUAAAUAUAUAUUUAUGGAAGAAAGUAUAGAACAAAAUUUCUAUAUUUCUACAACUAAUACAAUCUCUGGCAAAGAAACUAAAUUAAAUUUGAAAUUAAAGUCGAAAGGAAUUUCUAUGGUUAAAGAUGGUAUGUUGUACCGAUAUAAUGUUGAAAAAUCAUCGGCUUUAGACAACGAAACAUUAAUAAAUAUAUGCCAUAGUACACAGAGUUAUAUAAUCAUUAAAAUAGAAACAGCAUAUUAUGAUGCCAACUUGGAUGAUAAUCAAUAUUCGUAUCAGAUUAUUACAAAAAAUUGUCCAGUUGGAAUAGGAACUGAUAUCAAAUCUGUAAAUUUUCCCGAGAUAGUCGAAGCUACUAAAGAAUACAAUAUAUCUGUUAUCGCUAAUUUAAUACUCGCUGGUAAAACUUCAACCGAUAAUCUAAUGAUAUCUUUAUCCUUGAUCAAAGAUAACUUUACAAUUCCGAUUAAAUACUCAAGUGGGAAUAGUAAUAACACGCUUAAUUCAAGAUAUUCAAAUCCUUCUGGUAUUUCAAUAAUGAAUUUAGAUUUAAAUUCAUUAAAUAAAGUUACUUUACCAUUUGAAAAUAUCAUUUGUAUGGAAUCUUCUUUAUUGGCCGUUGAAAUCUCCUCAAAAUAUAACAGUGUAAGAAGAGGAACAUUUAUAAAACCGAUAUUUAUCUAUUGCCCUGAAAAUGAAGGUUUAUCUAUAGGAUCGUUUGAAGUUAUAGAUCUUCCAUCGGAAUGGUAUCCCGGAUUAUACAUUCAACAUGCUAUGUCUCUUUCAGUUGAGAAUGAUGGUCCCGCCCUUCAGUCAUCACUGGAAGGUCAUUUUACGUUUAAAGAAUACUUUUCAGAGGACGAGAUAUUUGAUAAAGAUCAAGAUCAAGAAAUGGAUAUAAGAAAUAACGAAGGAGAAGUCUAUAUAUAUAAGAAUACUGUUGCGUACGGAUCUCUAAUAUUUAAUAGAUACCUUAAGGGAAAUGUUCUUAUAAAAAGUGUAGAAUCAUGCAAAAGAGCAAAAAAUCCAACUAUUUUUAUUCAACUAAUUCAGGUGGGAUCUUAUAAAUCUAACAUCACUGAAAAUGAUGUUGCAAGAUUUCCAGUUGAUAAAAAACUACUGAUUUGUAAAUACCCAAAUCAAGUGGAUCUGUAUAUAACCAAGUUUAGUUUAACAGAAUCGAAUGGUCAGAAUAAAGCGUACAUAUCAGCAAAUUCGAUAAACAGUUACAAUUUGGAAAUAGGAGUAAAGAAAUCCGCUACUGGUUCUAUUCCAAAUAGAGAUGAACCUUAUAUAUAUUUGGAAUUUUUUAUCAGUAUUGAUUCAGCAAUUGAUGAAUAUGACGACCAGAUACCAACCGUCUAUUCUACUGUACAAAAAACAACACUUCAAAAAGGCAUAUCCUCUUCAACGCCCGAUAUAUUCCCGUUAAGCGGAUCUGGACUUCUCCUUAAUACUCUAAAAUUUCCAAAUUUAAAUUAUUACUGCGGAACUGCUUAUCUAAUCGUUCGAAUUAAUAGCAGCUAUGAAGGUGCUAUUGAUCCGGAUAGUUCUAAUAAUACAUUUACGAAUAAAAUAACUGUCUACUGUCCAAAUGAUUGGUUCUCUAUGGGCGGUUUUACAAUUAAACCUCUUCCACCUUUUACCCAUUUAUACGGCGGAAUCGACACAAAGAUCUGGUUUAGUGGUACUAUGCAAAACAUUCACUACUCAUACGAUGUUAAAUCUUCCGGAGAGGGAAAAGAGAAUUUUUAUCUAACUAUGUACAUGUCAAAUGGAAAGAAUCUAAAGGAAGACUAUGAUUCUAAGGUUAACAUCAAAUAUUUGGAUUACAAACUUAGAGAAACUCUUAUGGGUUCUCUAAUUCAUUUAACUACUGUUAAACUGGAAGGAGAAGCUAUUAUACAAUUGCCCUUUGGAACUUGUGAUCAGCCAAUUCUAUUUGCACAAACAGAAUUCGGUCUACCAAUAUCUUUAAAGGACGGUGUCUGGGAUAACCAUGCUCGUUACUUGAACGUUACAAAUAUGGUAAAAUGUAUUACUGAUAAGAGUGAUUUAAAUAUUAAUAAUGCAUUAUUAUCAACCUAUAAAUUUUCUAUACCGCAUACAAUAAUUGCGGAAAUAACUGUAAAUCUUAACGUAACUGGAAUAUCUAUAUUAGAUCUUGAAUCUAAAGAUAUGAAAAUUAAUAGCUUUUUAUCAAAAACAAGUAAAUUUGACGAAAAAGAAAGUUAUAAGGUCAAAAAUGAAUAUAAUAUAACAAAACUAAUGAAAAAAUUUGAUAAAUCAACAGAAGUUAAUCUAACUUUACAUUUACAAAUAGAAAAAUUAGUAAUUUGUGGGCCAGCUUAUCUCCUUAUAGUACUGGAUGAAAAUAAUAUAAUCGAAGAAUUUGACGAAGGUAAUAACGUCUAUCCAAUAGAGAUUGAUAUUAAGUGCCACAGUGAUGUUCUUUAUUUGGUUGAUAUUCAACUGGAAAAGGAAGACGUGUAUUAUAAAGACGGUUCACCUAUCAGCGUUGUUGCAACAGUCAAAAACAUAUUCGAUAAAGAUAUUGUUCCACUCAAGCAUAUGGCGAGCUUUGAAAUGAGAGCUUACAUAAGAAAAGACGAAGUCAAUUCACAAAGAUACUACGUAACUCCUAGUUCUUGGUCAAGUAAGCUUCCAAAUGGAAGAUACCUAAACACUUUUAAGCAGGGAACAACUGUAGAAACUCCUAAAUGGGUUGGAGAUAUUAACAUGAAUAUAGUGUGUCCCUAUCUAGGAAGUGGACAUUUUAUAUUAGGUUUAGAAGUUAUUGCACCAUCAAUACCUGAAUGUUAUAUGAACAACAAUCAUAUGGAAUUUAAAAUAGCAGUUGACUGUCAAGACCAUUGGAGAGAUUUACAACCAAUAGCAUUCAAGUGGUUAGAUAAUGUAUACAGUCAUAAUUAUACCUUCAACCACGAUAUGGGUUUUAAUAUUACAACUUUUAUUGAAAUAAGUGGAAGUGGAGGCUGGGGAAACUUUCCUAGUGGACAAACAGAUCCUCUACUAUAUACUGUCGGAUUUUACAUUUCUCAUAAAGACAUCCGUAAAAAAAUUUCAUAUAAUAGUCAAAACUUGAUUACUGAUAUAAAUAAGGGAGUAUCCGCAACAACUACAGUCUACAUCGCCAGAGAAGUUCCAGGUUUGACCCUAACGGAAGAAGAUCAUUUGUUUCUUUGCAAUGUUAGAUCUGCGAAAUUGGAAAUAGAAAUAGACUCGGGACAUAGCCUUGCGGAAACGAAUGAAAAGAAUAACAAGCUUGAGUGGGAUGCUUUCUUGGCACCAAUUUCUUCGGUUUGUGGUGAUAAAAUUGACUUAUCUAUAGAAGAUUUAAAGUUGUUAAAUAUCCAAGAGAAAACUAUCAGACCAGGCGACAAAAUUGAUAUUGAAAUGACGAUUGUAAUAAUAACAACAGGCUCUUUUAAAUUGCCUGAAAAAAGUGGCAAUGAAGUCAACUUUAAGUUUGGUUUAAUCUUUUCCAACGAUAAAGUUUAUCAGGCAAACGAUGAUCCAAUCAUAGUGCAAAAUCAUACGUUACAAAUUCAACAAAUGGAAAUUUCAUCUAAAAAUAACUUACGAACUACAAUCCAAUUAAAAUCUGUUGAAAUUCCAUUGAUAAGAUCGCUAUCUGAUUUCUGUUGGAACAAACCCUAUGUAGGUAUAAUUGUAGACGCUUUAAAUGUUGUGUCAGAGGUGAAUGAAAUAAAUAACUUGGAUUUGGAACAAGUAAUAUACGAUUGCGGUGAAAACGUUAAUGAAUGUACACAAAAUUUACACAAAUGCCAUGUAAAUUCAACUUGUACAGAUGCCAAUUAUAAUUUACAAAGCUAUUCUGGUUCACCUUAUACAUGUACUUGUAAUAAAGGUUUCAUCCAAAGAGGAAGAGAUUGUCAAAAUGAUAAUGAAUGUAUUCUCUACGAAUCUGUAUGUAAACAGAAGCAUGAAAAUGCUAAAUGUAUUGAUGCUAUUGGCUCGUAUGAAUGUGGUUGUAAGGAUGGCUAUAGAAGAGUGAAUUUUAAUCCUGCUGCAAACACUUACUCGUGUGAAAAUAUAGACGAAUGUGUUGAAAAUUUGCAUAAUUGCACAGAAAAUUCAACUUGUGUCGAUAAUUCUGGCUCCUACAGUUGCGUUUGUAAACCUGGCUUUGAAGGAGAUCCUUUUAAUUGUACUGAUAUAAAAGAAUGCACACCGACCUCUUGUAAUUCGAGAGGAAAUUGUACUGAAAAUGGAAGCGGUGUUAAGUGUGAAUGCUUUAAUUCUACCUACGAAGGAAAUUUAUGCGAAAUAGCUCAUGGAGGAUGGUCCGAGUGGACAGCGUGGUCUUUAUGUUCCUCAGAUUGUGAUAUGGGCUAUAGCAAAAGGGAAAUUAUAUGUAAUAAUCCGGCUCCAGAGAACGGUGGAAGACCGUGUAAAAAAGAGCCAGGGAAAACCUAUGCUGAAUAUAAAAAUUGUACUGGAAAUGGCACAUGUAUAGCUAAUAGAGUAAAGUGGUGUGAAAAGAAUCCAUGUUUCACACAAGACAAUGGGAUGUGCUCUUAUAUAGACACAGGAAGGAAUUAUAAAUGCGAAUGUAAAUAUGGUUUCACACCCUUAAUGAAAAAUGGCGUUUUUCAAAGAUGUAGAGACAUAAAUGAGUGUACAGAAGAAGAGGCUCCUCAAACAUUGAUACACGAUUGUUUAGCGCCAAAUAGUCUUUGCCUUAAUACUUUAGGAUCCUUUAAGUGUGUUUGUAAAAGUGGCUUUGAAGGUGAUGGAGUAAAUUGUACAGAUAUUGAUGAAUGUAAAAAAUCUCCCUGUCCGAAAACAACAAUAUGCACGAAUACAUUGGGUUCAUAUACUUGUUCUUGCCCCAAUAAAUAUAGACCUAUAAAAGAUUCUUCGAACAAACUUAAAAGUUGUCAAGAAAUACGAUUGAUGGAAUACGGCGAAGCGGAAGGAGACAAAUUAUUAUUAAAGAUAAGCAGAAUUACCAGAGAAAGAUUAUCAGAAACACUGAAAAUUCCUGGAGGUAUACCUUUAGACGAUGGUAAAAUAUAUUCGGGAGUAUACAUAUCAGAAAACGGAAUUAUCGCCUUAACCUAUGAGAGAUUGCUUGUUAAACCAACAUUUUCUUACCCGAAAGUCUUUAAAGAGCUAAAACUACCAACAGGGAUAGGAAUGUUGCUAGCUCCAUUCUGGUCGGAUAUUUCAAGCACAUCAAAAUUCUACAAAAUAUGGUACAAUGUAUACGAAAAUAAUAAUGAUGCUAAAUAUGAGAAGAUAAAGAAUAUAGUCCUUUCAGCAUAUAAUGUAUCUUUUAAACCGAAAUGGCUUUUGAAAGUUACAUGGGAUACCGUAGCACCCGCUUACGAGUCACUGUAUAUCGAAAAGAACACUUUCCAAGUUAUUCUAGCAACUGACUUUAAAGAAAGCUAUUGCGUAUAUUUGUAUAAAGAAAACGAAAUGAAUUGGAUCCCCACUUCAUUUAACUCGAGAGAUAUAACAAAUUUAUAUGAGGGAUAUCCGGCAAGAAUGGGUUAUAUAAGAAAUGAUAAAUACUUUGAACAUAAAUUAUCAGCCACAUGGACAAGUACAAAUGAUAAUGUCUAUAGAAUGGACUUGAAUCCCCUGCAAAGAGAGUUAAAUAUGACUAAAGGCAUUUUCGUUUUUAACUUGAAUCAUCCCAAUUCAACUGUUACUGGGGAUGAAAAUAAGAUUAAAUGUUUUGAGGCUCUAUCUGCAAUGAAGGGCAAAGAUGAAAGCUGGAAGGACAUAUUAAAAGAUUCAUGUCCACCAUCUUUAAGAGUUGUCCAAGCUUUACCAUCAUUCACGCUAACAUUUGAAAAAGAAUCGAGAAAGUGCUUCAGGAAAAUUUUGACAAGUCAAACAGUAACGUGCUGCUAUUCUCCAACAUCAGAAGCAUUUCUUAGCAAAGUUGACGAAUCAUUGCAAUUCGAAUAUCAAUCGCUUUUGCACAAAUAUAAAUGGAAUUCAGCAGAUCAUUCGAAAGAUAAGGAUGCAUAUUCUUCUUGCUGUGGGGUUCUUUGCACCCCUUCAAAAUCAAACUGCUGGCAAUGCAAUGAAUACAAAACUAAUAGAGGCGGUUUAUCUUCGUCAAAAUAUAAAAGUGAAAUCUCUGCUUUGAUGUUUGGUAGUAUGCAUUUGAGAAAUGUUAAAGGUGAACAAUAUUCCAUGAUGGCGUUUGGAGAAUUUGUUAUAAUGAAAACAGCUAAAUUUGAGAUGCAAGUUAGAACCCACCGUUUAGGAGAGAAACUAUCUUCAAUAUCUGCAGUGGCAAUUAAAGAACUUAAUAAUGCUGCAAUAGAGAUUUAUUGGCAAAAUGAUUUACCUCUAAAAGUAGUUAGCCAGUCCAAAGAAAUUGAUGUGGGGGAAGUUAGUAUAGGCAACGCCGAAGUUAUUAACAGCGGAUAUUCAAUUGUCAUUUCCUACACUUCUGACUGUUCGGUAAAGAUAAUAAAAAGCGAGAAAGGGUUAAAUAUGCUACUCUCCACAGCUGAUAGUGUGGAAAACUUUAAAGGAAUUUUGGGCGAAUCACCUAUUUCCGCUGAUACUUUUACAAAGUGGUCACUUAGAAAAUUAGUUGGACCAACAUACGCAACCAAGCGAUCGUUAUUUAGCGUAUACAAUAAAGAAUUUAUCUUCAACUCAGCCAAUAGAUACUUUAGGGAAAAAUUCUUACCACAAGCUUCUGAAAUUGAUACUGAAACAAUUACUGGAAUUUGUAUUGGACGUCAGUCAACUAGCAUUAAAUAUUGUCAACACGAUUUAAAAGUAACUAAUAAUGAUAAAUUCGCAAAUGAAACUGCUAAUUUCGUAGAAGAUAUGGUGAAAAAUCUAGAAAUUAUCAAAAAUUUACCACCUACUACACCUCAGCAAACGAUUAACGUAAUCAUAGGUCAAGAAAAAGUCUUCUCAAUGACAGCAGAAGAUAAGAAUCAACAAGAUAUUAGCUUUACUGGUAACAUUGUAGAUGCUCUAUCUGGUAGUAUAAGCAUUGAACAAAUUCAAAAGGUUUCAAGUGGAAUUUUCUCAGCAAAUGUGAAAUUUACCCUAAAUAAACCGAAUAGAAUACAGAUAACGAUAGCGAAUAGUUUUGGAGCUAAAUUCGUUUGGUUUCCUAAUUUAGUUAUCUGCAAUUGUAAAAAUCAUGGUACUUGCGAUUUUAGUUCUCUUAGAUAUGAAAAUAAUAUGAUAUUUGCAAAAUGUCAAUGUAAAACAAGUUGGUUUGGAGAUUUAUGCGAUAAAGAUUUAAAUGUUUGCGAGACUGAACGACUGUGCUAUGGUAAAUGUAUUGAUAAAAAUGUUACAGAUGUCAAUCAAAAUGAAUACGAGUGUUCACCUUGUUCUAAAACUAGAGUGGCGACAACAACUAAUUGUUACGAUUUUAAUGAAUGCUCUCUUAGCUCAGAGAAUCCUUUACGAGCCAAAUGCGAGCAUAAUUGUAUCAACACCGAUAAAAGUUAUAAUUGCUCUUGUUAUAAUGGCUAUUUUCUUCACGCUGAUGGCUACUCCUGCAAAGAUAAAAAAGAAUGCCUAAACGGUGAACUUAAUGACUGCGGUGUUGGUAGCUUUUGCAAAGAUGGAAGCGGAUCGUAUGUGUGCGAAUGUCCGAGGGGCUAUGCACUAACGGAAGAAAAAACCUGCCAGGAUAUAGACGAAUGCUUGGAAAAUAAUGGUGGUUGCGAACGACUAUGCAUUAAUAAGUUAGGAGGAUAUACAUGCGAUUGUGGUUGGGGUUAUCAAUCAUCGAAUGAAGUUGAAUGUACAAAACGAGAUCUUUGUUCUUACGAUGAAGAAUGUGAUGACGUAUGCACAGCAAAUGGAGCUCACUAUACUUGUGGUUGCGGAGCAGCCUCUGUGCUGGAUGGCUAUACUAGAUGUAUGCCUAAAAAGAGUUGUAACUCUUUGAACUGUGACGGAGGUUUUUGUCAAGCAGUGACAGACAUUCCUGACAAAUGUAUUUGUCCGAGUGGAUGGGAGUUAGACAAUGCUAAUAUCACACUAUGCGUAGAUAUAGACGAAUGCUCAAUAGGUAGCUUCAAUUGUCCUGAAAAUAGUAAUUGUGAAAAUACAAUGGGAAGAUACAGCUGCAGAUGUAAAGAUGGCUUUAAAUCUUUUGGAUCAGGAACAAUGUGCUUAAAUAUAGAUGAAUGUGAAUUAAACAUUCAUAAUUGUAAACAUUUGUGUCAAGAUACUGAAGGUUCUUUCAUAUGCACAUGUCCGAAAGGUUUUGUUGAAGGUAGGAAUGGAAGUUGUUAUGAUGUUGACGAAUGUGGAUACGCUGUGGCAAAUGAAUGCUCGGAAAAGGCUACCUGUAGAAAUAUGAACGGUAGCUAUGCUUGCACCUGCAUGGAUGGCUUUGUGGGAGAUGGUAUAACCUGUGUCGAUGUUGAGGAAUGUCUUGAAAACAAUGGUGGCUGCUCAACCUACUGCGAAAACACACUCGGUUCUUUCGAGUGCUCUUGCUCUUCUGGCUACGUGCUGCAUCAAGAUGGUAAAAACUGCCAUGAUGUUAACGAAUGCCUCUUACCGAAUAACCCUUGUAAGCACUUUUGCAUGAAUACUCAAGGGUCAUACCUGUGCACAUGUCAUCCUGAAUUUCAUCUACACAAAGAUAAAAUCUCCUGCGUUCUCAAUGAAUCGUACGCUUGCAACCUCCAAUUAGCUUGCGGUAGCUCAGGCGUCUGCGCAAAGAGAAACGGUAACGACACUUGUAUCUGCAAUAAGGGUUUUACUUUUGAUGGUAUUGGAUGUGUUGACUUAGAUGAAUGCAUAAGCAACCCUUGUAAAGGUCUUGCAACUUGUAUCAAUAAAGAAGGUUCUUAUGAAUGUCAAUGUCCUGAUGGUUAUAGACACGAUUCUUUUCAAUCGGGUUGUAUCGACAUAGACGAAUGUACAGAAAAUUUGCAUACAUGUUUAGCAGGAACUCAGUGUAUAAACACAAAAUCCAGCUAUACAUGCAAAUGUUUACCAGGCUUCAGAAAAAGAAAUGAAACAUAUUGUAUAGAUUUGAACGAAUGUAUUGGUGAAGAUCCCUCUGCCAGGGGUUGUACUGAUAUUGCACUUUGUACAAACACGCCCGGCUCCUACAACUGCAGAUGUAAGCCUGGGUAUUUAGGAGACGGGUUUACUUGCAAAGACAUAAACGAAUGCCUGACUAGUCCUUGUAAACUCACUGAAAUGUGUAUAAAUACUGAAGGCAGUUAUAUGUGUGAAUGUCAAAAAGGUUAUAAGAAAGUCGGCGACGAUUGUGUGGAUGUAGACGAAUGCUCAAGCAGAUCAAUUAGCGGCUGUGAAUUAGAUUGUAAAAAUACUCAGGGAUCGUACAGAUGUUUCUGCCGACAAGGAUUUAGGUUGGGUAGCGAUGGCAAAAAGUGUAUCGUUGCGGACAAAUGUUUCGAUGAGAAUGUAGCUAAUGCUUGUGAACAAUUAUGUGUUCAAAAAGAUGGUAGCGAUUGGUGUGAGUGCAAAGGAGGCUUCUUGGUCGAUGGAAAUGUAUGCGUUGAUAUUGACGAAUGCACAACGGACGAUCCAGAACACAAGCAUCAAUGUAAAGACCAUUCAACGUGCUUGAACACAAAAGGUGGCUACAACUGUACAUGCGAUAGAUAUUACAUCUUAGACGCAGAUGGCAGAGCUUGCUCUCAAACCGAUGGCCAAUGGAGUACAUGGUCUGCUUGGAAUACAUGUUCGAAAGCCUGUCAUGGUAGAAGGCAGAAAAGUCGCAAAUGCGACAAACCACCUCCAUCUCCUGGAAGAAGAUGUCCUGGAGAGAGUCUUCAAUAUGCUCUAUGCAACUACAAGUCUCCAAGUUGCUAUGCUAUAAAGAGUGAAGCGGAUAAAUCAGUUAUACUUGAUUUCAAAUCAUUAUUGCCUAUUCUUUGGGAGACAAUAGAAUCAACAAUUUUUAAUGUCUUCUGCAAACAGCUUCAAUCGUAUUGUACUGCUAAUGCUGAGCAAUAUAGGGAAUGUUGCCUUCAAGAUCCACCUAACCCUAUAAACAGCUUAGAUAAGUAUUGCUUUGGCAAAGACUUUCAUACUGCUACUGCAUAUCCAAGAUAUAUACCCAACGAAAGCGGGGCCAGAGUAAUGAUAUUUGCUCUGAUAGAUAGGAAUAAUGAGCUUUGUAAGAUACCUCUACCUGUAGAUGACAAAAAUUCAUCGUCGUCGUCAACAACGUCUAGAAAGAAGAGAGAUAUAAAUAAAUUUGACGUCCCUAACACCAUUUUAGAAAAGAUAAUUAAAACAACUGAGAGUCAAGAAUCUAUAGGAAAAGCAGUUAAAGAGUCCACAGGUGAUCCCUUCUUGGCUGCACAGUCACAGUCGUAUCUAGCUCAAAAAGGGUUCCUAGAAGAUACAAAACCCACUGAAAUUCCUCCAAUGCCUGUUGAUAACGGCCUAUCCGCUCAUGUUGUAGCCCUGGCAGUUUUCUUUUCGCUUGUAGCAGCUUUUACUUUGGUUGUAACUCUCAUCUACUUACUGAGAAAGCAAGAUGAUAAGAAACAUGUUAAUGAAAUGCUUAGACUCGCUGUUUCGCCUGACUUGUCCAUCGGAGAUAGAUUCUAUCAGGGGACAACACCUGCCCCCAAAACUUCCGUCACGCCAAUCAGUAUACGCGAAACCCCAAUGAUUGUAAAUAGUCCCAGAAACUUGACUCAUUCUCCGAGACCUGCUCAUACACCUCUACCUAACCAAGUACCACACGAUGAAAAUGAAAAAGCCCCACAAAACCCAGAAUUACAAAGACCUGAAUCUAUUAUGGAUAGAGAAGAAGUUGCACAAGUAGAAAAAGAAUUAGAGGAAAUAUGCGCCCUACCACCUGAUUCAGACGAUGAAUCUGGAAUAGGUGUCGAUAAAAAAACACCAAUCGCACCCUGUCAACCAGAUGAGUAA